CUCAUCUCCGCCUCCUCCCUGUCACCAACCCUCAGCGGCAAACCAUUAAUCUCCUGGAGCAGAAUAAAUGGAUUGCGACAGGGCGAGGGGGGAGCGAUGAGCAAUUUGCAACGUUAUUUACUGCUGCUGCUGCUGCAAACCAAAGGUCGCUGGCUCGCCUGGUCUGUCUGAUUUUAAGGUGGUUUUUCUCUUGCCCACACCUUGGUCAAUACCAAAGAUCUUUGGUCAAUACAAGGGGGACGGUGACACGAGGAGCAAAAAAACGCAAACUGCAGAUGUUUUGGGGGGAGAUGCAGCAGAUGUGAGUGGGUUGCAUUGGUACAGAGCUCUGCUGCUGUCCGCACGCUACCUUAAAACCCUGGGGGCGGACUUUGAUCCCCGGGACCGCUCUCCCUCUCUCUCUCUGCGCCAGCUCCAGCCAUGGGCGACCGCUAUCACAAGGCGGCCCGGGACGGCUACUUGGGCCCGCUGAAGGAAGCCACCAGAAAGGACCUCAAUGGCCCGGACGAGGACGGGAUGACUCCCACGCUGUGGGCGGCUUUCCACGGCCACUUGGAGGCUCUACAGCUGAUCUGCAGCCGGGGAGGAGACCCGGACAUGUGCGAUGUCUGGGGCAACACGUGCCUGCAUCACGCCGCCAUUAACGGCCACCUCCACAUCCUCUCGUUCCUGGUCAACUUUGGCGCCAACGUGUGGGCCCUGGACGUGGCGAGUCGCUCGGCGCUGGAGGCGGCGGCGGGGAAGGGCCGCAUGGAGUGUGUGAGGCUACUGGACGGGGCAGUGCUGCGGCAGACGGCCGACAACCCGCGGCUGGCGACGCGGAGGAGGGAGAGGGCGAGGAAGGAGUGCACCAGGCGGGCUCGGGAUUGCGAGCGGCUCCAGAGGAAGCAGCAGGAGCGGAUGAACAAGCGGCUGAGCCGGGACGAGGGUGCGGGGGUCAUCGCCGGGGCAGCCGAGGGAGACGGAGCCGCACCCAGUCUCCCCGGGUCGGGCAGCCUCACCCUCGCCUCCUUGCUGAAGGGAUCGCUGCACAAGAAGCUCGGCAAGAAGGGGAGCGCAGGGAAGAUUCCGGGUGGGCGGCCCGGCAGCGAUGUCAUCUUCGCGGGGCAGGCGGUCGCCGUCUCUCCCGACUCCGGGCCCAUCCAGGGCGAAGAUCCCGACGACCGGGAAUCGCUCUUCAAACGUCCCGGAUUGGGAAACAUGCUCUUCAGGCGCAACUUCGGCCCGGGCUUGAGCGAAGAGCUGGAUGACAUUGGAUCCCAGACCCAGCCGGCUCUCCUGGAGCUGGGAGACAGCGAGGAGGACCAGGAGGUCCUCGGCGAGGAAGAGUUGGACGAGCUGCCCUGGAAAGAGCAGGAGCUGGGACUUGACGAUGAAGAUGUGGAGACCACCCCUCUCGAGGUCUUCCUGGCCGCCCACAACAUGAGCGAGUUCCUGCCCUCUCUGGUCCAGGAACACAUCGACCUCGAUUCCCUCAUGCUCUGCUCCGACGUGGAUCUCCGGACCAUCCACCUCCCUCUGGGGCCCCGGAAAAAAAUACUCUCAGCAGUUGAGAAGAGAAAAUUAAUUCUGGAAACUAGCUGCGAGCUGGUGGACACCAUGUUGUAAGUCUCGGAUGUGGAAGCAGAUAGCUAGUAGAGCUGCUGCAUCACGGCGCCAGAGACCCCGGUUUGGGGACUGUCUGUGCGGAGUUUGCGUGUUCUCUCUGUGAUCGCAUGGGUUUCCUGUGGGUGCUCGAGUCUCCUCACAUAUCACAAGUUGUACAGGUCCAUACGUUAAUUGACCUCUGAAGAUGCCACAAAGUCACCUAUUCCUUUUCUACACAGAUGCUACCUGACCCACUGAGUUACUCCAGAUCUUUGUGUCUUUUUUUGUACACCAGCAUCUACAGUUUCACUGUGUUUCCACCUAUCACUUGCCACCUCCUGCCCCACCCCUUCCCCUCACAUCUCCACCAUAUUUCUCCACUCUACUCCAUCGCUCCAAAGAAGGGUUCCGACCUGAAACGUCGCCUGUCAAUUUGUCUCUACAGAUGCUGCCCGACCCUCUUGAGUUGAUCCAGCACGUUGUCGCUCCGGGUUCCGGCAUUUACUGCCUCGUGUGUCCCGUCUAUAUAAUACGUGUGAUGUCAUGUGACUGUUUCCAGAUCCCAAUUUGCAUCUCACUCUGACCCAGCCUCUGGGACAGAGAGGGGAGGAACCGUCCAUUCCCUUACUCCACAGAUGCUCAGUGGCCCGCUGGGUUUAUCAAUUGUUUGUUUUUUUACACAUAGAGCUUGGCUGGACUGGAGACUUGGUUAUAGGGAGGUUUCACGGCAGUCGGGUCACGACCCAUGACCCGUACUGUUGCUACGCUACUCCAAAUGGAUUACACGCGAUGUACUGCAGGUAGGCACUUGCCAUUGUUUCCAGCGUAGCGGGCCCGUUAAAACCCGCGAAAUUGUCAAUUUUUGCGCUGUAAAUAAUUAUGGAAACCGGGAUAAGCAUGAGAGACAUUUAGCAUACUUCAGAAUUCCAAAAGUGAGGAGAAAUGACGGCAGAUAAAAACGAGAGCUGAAAGGGACAACAACAGCCAGAGUGCUUGGCGAACAUUGGCCGUUUGCUCACUGCAUUUCAUCAAGUAAGGCAUUUGUGUUUUUUCUUGAUUUCUUUGGCAUCUUAAAAAGUUUCAGAAGUGAUAAAUCUGGGUGUUAUUUUUUUAAAUCGCCCAUGGUUCUCGUGGGUUUUUACCUACAAAAUGAAAAUGCAUCUGAAGAAAAAUUUACAGCCAGAUUUAUCACUUCUGAGAAUUUUUAGAUACCAAAUGAAUCAAGAAAAAACACAAAUAAUGCCUUACUUGAUGAAAUUCAGUGAGCAAACGUGAUAAUUCCCAAUAUUUUCAUUGUUUACCAAGCACUUUAGCUGCUGAAGUCCCUUCAGUUCUCGCUUCUCUAUACCUUCAUUUCGCUUCACGUUUGGAAUUGUAAAGUUGGGUACAUGUCUCUCACACUUACCCCGACUCCCACAAUUUUUUUCAGCGCACAAAUUCAACAUUUUGGCGGUUUUUAACAGGUAGGAAAGUACGCGUUUCUAGCAUUAAUAACAUAUACCGGAAGUGACGGAGGUCUUCCAGUUGGUUUUAGCGGCUCCAUGCGUUGAGCCCUAUGACCCAGUGACCUUCCGUGCAACCCCCCUAUACAGGAGACAGUGUUUUUUUAUAGAUACAGCACAGAAACAGGCCCUUCGGUCCACCGAAUCCACACUGACCAGUGAUCCCUAUGCACUUGCACUAUCCGACACACUAGGGACAAUUUCACCGAUGCCAAUUAACCUACAAACCUGCACGUCUUUGGAAUGUGGAAGAAAACCCACGCGGUCACAGGGUGUACGUGCAAACUCCAUAAAGACAGCACCCGUAGUCGGAAUCGAACCUGGAUCUGGUGCUGUGAGGCAGCAAAUCUACGGUGUGCCACGGUGCUGACCAGUGAUGGGCGAGAUAUACAAAAUUAUGAGAAGGGGGAUAGUGUCAAUGUACAAGUUCAAGUGAGUUUAUUGUCACGUGUCCCUGAUAGGACAAUGAAAUUCUUGCUUUGCUUAGCACACAGAACAUAGUAGGCAUUUACUAUAAAGACAAGGAACUAGUGUGAACACGAUCGAUGGUCAGCAUGGACUCCUUGGGCUGAAGAACCCGUUUCCAUGCUGGAAUGAGGAACUGUAGAUACUGGUUUACCAAGGAAAGACACAAAUUGAAUGGCGGUGCUGGCUCGAAGGGCCAAAUGGCCUACUCUUGCACCUAUGUCUAAUAUGAUGCAGUAAUUCAGUGUGUCAGGUGGCAUCUCUGGAUGACAUGGAUAGGUGACAUAUUGGGUUGCGACCCUUUUUCAGCUGAUAUAAUAAAUCAAGGUGGAAGGCUUAGAAACAUUUGGGGGAAAUUUCUCCAGAGAGGGGCUGGAAUCUGGAAUGCUCUGCCUGAGGGAAUGGUGGAGGUCAGUGUCCACAUUUCAUGAGCAUCUGGACAUCUUGAAUCACAAAGGCAUCGAGGAGUCAUGCAGUCACACAGCACGGAAACAGACUCUUCGGCCCAACUCGUCCAUGCUAGCCAAGAUACCCAUCCACAAUAAUCACAUUUGUCUGCAUUUGGCCCAUAUCCCUCUAAACAUUUCCUAUCCAUGAACCCGUCCAAGUGUCUUUUAAAUGUUAUAAUACCUGCCUCAACUACCUCCUCUGGCAGCUGGUUCAUAUACCCAUUACCCUCUGUGUGAAAAGGUGGCUCCCCAGGUUCCCAUUAAAUCUUUCACCCUUCGCCUUAAACCUGUGUCAUUGUGUUCUUGGUUCUCAUACACUGAAUAAAAAUGAUUUUCUAUUCUUGUCUAACGUGAUCUGCUAUAAAUGUCUGCGUUUAGUUAAUCAACUGGUGCCAAGUGUCUGUGAUCGUUGAUCUUUAGCUGAGAGCAAUUCGCUCUUUAUGACGUGCUUCAACCAGCCAUGAAGUUAUUUUAUAUUAAUAUGUAAUUACCCAGAAUCAAAUCCACUUUCAUUAAAAGAGAUCUGGUGGCAAGAAAUUUGUGAAGUACUCAUUUUAAACAUUGUGCAUUGCAUCCUGCAACGGUGGUGAACAAAUUGAUUGAUUGAAAAAUACAGCAUGGAGACAGGCACUUCGGCCCACCGAGUCCACACCAACCAUCGAUCUCCCAUUCACACUAGUUCUAUGUUAUUUUGCUUUCUCAUCCACUCCCCACACGUGAGGGGCAAUUUACAGCCAAUUAACCUACAAACCUACACGUCUUUCGAGGAAACCCACACGGUCACAGGGAGAACAUGCAAACUCCACGCAUGCAGCACCCGAGGUCAGGAUCGAACCUGGGUUUCUGGCGCUGUGAGGCAGCAGCUCCACCUGCUGCACUACCAUGUAUUUGUUUAGUUUAGAGAUACAGCGUGGAAACAAGCCCUUCGGCCCACCGAGUCCACACUGACCAUCGAUCACCCGUUCACACUGGUUCUAUGUAUCCCACUUUGUCAUCCACUCUCUGCACACCAUGUAACAUGUAAACUGGGAGAACAUGCAGACUCCCUACAGACAGCACCCAUAGUUAGGAUCAAACUCGUGUCUCUGGUGCCGUGAGGCAGCAGCUCUACCCGCUGCACCACUCUGUCCCUGCAGGAGCAUGUGUUGUGCUGGUGAUAUUUCAGGGUCUUGGUGAAUGAGGAGAGGAUUAGGGAAGGGAUUCCUGAGUUGGGGAGUGGUGGAACCAUGACACGUGCAGGUGAAGGGGAUAGUCUAUGAACAGGAGGUAAUUGUAGCAUCGAGGAUCCGGUGGAGGUUGGGGGCAAUUGUGGAACCUCGAUGCCAGGCCGGGGGAGUUCAGGAAAAACCGGGGACUUAAACCAGACAUAGCCGGGGUUCCUUCCUUCCCCCUUAGUAUCCUGUAUUUGUACACAGUGGGUGGCUUGACGAUAAUCAUGUACAGUCUUUCCACUGACAGCAUAGCACGCAACAAAAAAACUUCUCACUGCCUGACCCGCUUAGUUAUUCCAGCAUUUUGUGUCUUUCCGCAAUAUAGAUUAUUAGCCUUUCAUACAUUUUAAUAGGGUUGAAUGUACACUAUAUUCUGUACAGUUAAUGGAUAUGAUCUGGGAUCCAUCAUGAAAAGAAACAUUGUUACAUUGCCACCAUCCUUCCCCCUCACACACACAAACAUUUGAGUGAAGAUGUGUUAGUGACUC